GGGAGUCGUAGUUUCUGGCCUUGCCCCGCAGACUAUCACGCAUGCGCGACUCGGAGCUACCCCGAGAAGUAUGUAGCCUUUGUCAGGCCCGGGAUGGGAGGUCCCACGUGAUCUGAGUGACGCUCUCCGCAGAGCCCAAGAGGGAAGAAGCCCUUCGAGGCUCAGUGAACGACUAACUGUGCAAACCAGAGAAGAGCAGAACCUUGGGGACAUUGAAGAGGCGGGGAUAGUGGAGAUGGAUUUGGUUGAAGUGCCCCAGAAAAGAGCUCUGUCUUCCCAGGAUUCUCUCCUUUCUGAAGAGAAGAGAGCAGAAGAAGUGGCUUCCCUGAGGCUCACAGCCAAGUCCCAGGAAACCAUGACAUUCAAGGAUGUGGCCAUGGACUUUACACCAGAGGAAUGGGGGAAACUGGAUCCUGCAUGCAGGGACGUGAUGCUGGAGAACUACAGGAACUUGGUCUCACUCUGGCUUCCCGUCUCCAAACCUGAUAGCUAUAAUUUGGAUGAUGGAAAAGAACUAUUGAAGCUUGAGAAAAAACCUCGUAAAUGCAGUUACUCAGACAUGGAAACUAGACCUGAGAGCAAGGAUUCAACUUCAGUGCAAGACUUUUCCACAGAAGAAUCAUACCAGGUUACAAGAUCAGAAAACCUGGCACAAAUUCCUGUUAGUGACUCCAGCUUGGAGACAGCUUGUGAUCGUGAGCAUUGGUUAGCACACCAGCAAGGAAAUCAGGAAAAGCACUUAAGACAAAUGUUCACUCAUAUGAACUCCCUCCCUGUGGAAAAAGAUAGUAGACGUAAUAUGUAUUGGGAAAAUUGCAGUCAGAAAUCUCUCCUUAUGACUGAUGAGAGAGUUCCCAAACGAUCCUAUGACAUUCAUACACUUGGGAAAAGACUGAGGCAGAAAUCAAACUUAAUAAAAAAGCAGAGGCCUCAUAAAGAGAAAAAACCUCAUAAAUGUGAUGACUGUGGUGAACUCUUCACUUACCAUUCAGUACUUAUUCGACACCAGCGAGUACAUACUGGAGAUCAACCCUAUACCUGCAGUGAAUGUGGGAAAUCCUUUAGCCACAGAGCCAAUUUAACUAAACACCAGAGAACUCAUACUAGAGUUCUCUUUGAGUGUAGUGAAUGCAAGAAAACCUUCCUAGAAAGUUCAUCCCUUGCUAUACAUCAGAGAAUUCACAUUGGAGAGAGACCUUAUGAAUGCAGUGAGUGUGGGAAAGGGUUUAACCGGAGUACACAUCUUGCACAGCAUCAGUUAAUUCAUACUGGGGUGAAGCCUUAUGAAUGUAAUGAAUGUGAUAAAGCUUUCAUUCAUUCAUCAGCACUCAUUAAACAUCAAAGAACCCACACUGGAGAGAAACCCUAUAAAUGUCAAGAGUGUGGGAAAGCCUUCAGCCAUUGCUCAUCCCUUACUAAGCACCAGAGAGUCCAUACUGGAGAAAAGCCAUAUGAGUGUAGUGAAUGUGGAAAAACUUUCAGUCAGAGCACACACCUUGUUCAGCACCAGAGAAUCCACACUGGAGAAAAGCCCUAUGAAUGUAAUGAAUGUGGGAAAACAUUUAGCCGGAGCUCAAAUUUUGCUAAACAUCAAAGAAUUCAUAUUGGAAAGAAACCCUACAAAUGCGGUGAAUGUGGAAAAGCCUUCAUUCAUUCAUCAGCUCUUAUUCAACACCAGAGAACUCAUACUGGAGAGAAACCUUUUAGAUGUAAUGAAUGUGGGAAGAGCUUUAAGUGCAGUUCAUCUCUCAUCCGACAUCAAAGAGUUCACAUGGAAGAGCAACCCUGAAAACUUACUGAGUGUUAAGAAAUGUAAGUUGGCUUUAUCACUGUGUUUAAUAUUUGAAUAUUUAAAUAGAAGGUUCAUAAUGGGACCCUCAGGAGCAUUUGUAUAUGUGUAUGAUUUCACUUGUCCACUGUAUAACUUUGAACACAGAUAAUGAAAACCUCUGGCAUGAAAUUGCAAAAUUUUUUUGUUCCCAGUUUUCCAAAUACCCAAUUCUUUAAAACUCUGGCUAUAGAUCUCAAAAUUUUAUUUCCGAUUUUUCAAAUACCCAAUUUUUUUAUUUCAAGGAAUGUUUGAGAGACAGUAGUGCCGUAAACAUUGUGAAAUCUGUUUACCCCAUGCUUAGUAGGAGUCUCAUUUAGUAAGGUUAGGCUUGAGACUUACAGCCAUAUCAUUGGGAAGACACAAAGUCACUACUCUGAACUCAAAGAGAGACACGUGCCACCAUUUCCUUAGUAAUUUCUGUGUUGGAAAGUAAAGGUUGAGAGGUGAAAGUUGCUUAAGAUUCCAUCCCCUGCAAAGUGCUGUCUAAUUUGAUGAACAUAACUAAAAUGUAUUUAUAAUAGAUUCUAAGUUAGGUUUAUUUGAACAAUAUUGGUCACUGAUUCACAUGAAUCACAUUGUUAUCCCUUUGUUUUGAAGAUUCGGUUUUUUUAGUUUCCUUGGAGAUACCUUAAAGUACUUAAUGGAUUAGGGUCUUCACUUGACUUUUGUUUGCCAGAGCCCUCUUUUCUCAUCUGGGGCACUACUUGUGCCCUUGUUGUUGUUGUUUUGUUGUUGUUUUUUGGGGUUUUUUUUUUUUUUGUAAUCACAACAUCAGGGAGAGUUCAUUCCACUACAUUAUUUGGCUUUCUGUGAACUAUGCUCUGUCACUUUUAGAAAACUCCCUAAGUGUAUUGCAGUUUGAAUAUAUCUGAAAAGUUGAUAGCGGUCAAUGAAUUAUUUUAUUUGGGUCCCCUUCAAGCAGAGAGCUGAAGCAACUGUGAGGCACAGUGGCAUACUUUGCUGCCAAAUAUGGAAAAGCACAAGGACAUCCCUGAAGAGACUCACCUGAAGAUAAACAUCUUUCAUUCUUCCAUUUAUCUGACUUUCAUGUUUUACUCACAUUAUUUUGCUAUUCUUCCAUACAUUAGUUUGUCUUUAUCCCUAACCUCUUGAGUAAACAUGGCAUGAAGUCUUGUUGAUCUAUUAGUGUGACAGAGGUGACCAAAAGUCAGUGAGAGGAUAAGAAACACAAAAACAAAUGCUCAAAUAAGUAUUUAAUAAAACAGAAUGCAAUGUCA